UACACAAAUGUAGAUAAUGAACGGUAGGGAAGUUUCAAUAAGGUACAAGAUUACACGAAACAAGUAGAUCACAGUGAUCACAGGAAUAUUCUCUCAGUAGUGUGGAAAGGCCCUGAAUCUAGUGGCACGCUCUCUCAGCAGAGCUGAACACAGAGCCAGUCGAUCCACCUUUCUGUCCUCAUCUUUCACUGUGAUUCUAUCUAAUAAGUUAGUGAAAUACUUAACUCUCGUUCAAUUUUAAGGUUAUGAUCGAAGUGGGACGUCGCUGCAAUAAGACACUUCUUAUCUUCGUCCAAAAGUCGUUCUAAUUAAAGUGAUAGAUAAAGCGAAAAAAUAAAUAUCAGUGCCAAAUAAUUGAGUACAAAAAAUAAAAACAAUGAGUACACAGCAAAGUCCAGCAGCGGUGCAAGCAACAAUUGACCGCGAGAAAGUCUAUAGCUGGAUAAUCGAGUUGUCGAACCCAGAGACGCGGCAGAACGCCCUUCUUGAGCUAAGCAAGAAGCGCGAAGUUGUGCCGGAUCUAGCACCAAUGUUAUGGAAUUCAUUUGGUACCGUUGCAUCCCUUCUUCAAGAAAUUAUCAACAUUUAUCCGGCUAUCAAUCCUGCCACUCUUACUGCACAUCAGAGCAACCGCGUCUGCAAUGCUCUUGCUUUGCUCCAGUGUUUUGCUAGCCAUCCCGAAACCCGGUCUUCUUUUCUUCAAGCACAUAUUCCACUAUUCUUGUAUCCCUUUCUACACACAGUUAAUAAAACUAGACCAUUCGAGUAUCUCCGACUGACUAGUUUGGGAGUAAUCGGAGCAUUAGUGAAAACAGAUGAACAAGAAGUAGUGACAUUCUUAUUAACUACAGAAAUUAUUCCUCUGUGCUUGAGAAUCAUGGAAAGUGGCUCUGAACUUAGUAAAACUGUGGCAACCUUUAUACUGCAAAAGAUUCUAUUGGAUGACAGUGGCUUGUCUUACAUAUGUCAGACUUAUGACAGAUUUAGUCAUGUCGCAAUGAUUCUUGGAAAAAUGGUGCUAUCUUUGGCUAAGGACCCUUCUGCACGUCUUUUGAAGCAUGUUGUAAGGUGUUAUCUGCGAUUGUCUGAUAAUCCAAGAGCUCUAUUAGCAUUAAGACAAUGUUUGCCAGAUCAGUUAAAAGAUAACACCUUUGCAACUUGUUUACAAGAGGAUGUCUCAACUGAACAUUGGUUGGGUCAGUUGAUAAAAAAUUUGGAGUCUGGACCUCAGCCAAAUUCUCAAGCUCAAUUAGGACAAGAUCCAAGGGCCAUUGGCAUGUCUCCUUUGACUUCUUAAUAAGAGAAUUUUAGGCAGCUCAAUAUUGUUUACUUUAAGAUAUCGGGUUGCUACAUGCUUGAAAGUCUCUUAAGUUUGUCAAAAUCAGGAAAAUCUUAUAAUUGUAUAAAAAUGCACGAAGGUAUUAUUUUUGGUAACAUGAGCGACACAAAUAGAAUUUUUAUGAAGUCUUUAAUGCUUUAUAUGAAUAAGUUUAUACACAUAAAGCCCAAUGAUCAAUUUAUGAAGUUGAAUUUAUACUUAAGCAAAUAGUUUCCUUAAAUUUUGAAAAAUGAAAAUUAAAUAAUGUUCAAUCUUCACUGAAAUACAUAUUCAAGUAAAUUUAUCAGAUCCCUGAAAAAAAUUAUAUAUCAUAAUGUUAGGGACUCUAAUGAAAAUUUAAAUGUAAAAAAAUUUAAUUACUUUUCAGUGUAUCAUUAUUAUUAAAUAGAUCUGGAACGCUGUUUUUUUUAUUUAUAAAACUAGCAA